AUGGACGCCGUUCUUCGCCAGUCCAAGGCCGUGUGCCCGUUUCUGAAGAAGGCGUCGCCGGCCACGCUGCGAGCGCUCUCGACGGCGACACGCGUGGCAGUGCCGGAACCUACGUCUGCGCUGGUGGCGGUGUCGUCGCCGUGCGGUGGCACGCUGUCGAAGCUGCAGCUGCUGGCGCACCGCUGUCCGGUGAUGGGCAAGGCGAUGGCUGUGCAGGUGGCACGCGGCAGUGCGGUGCACGGCGGGAUGGGUGUGCGGCGGGUGGCGGCGACGCUGUCGGCAGUGCUGUGCACGGGACCGACCUCGAACACGGCCCAGGCUCUGCAUCGGGGCCGGACGGCGCGAACGGCACGGCUGCACAGCAGUCGGCCGCAGGAUGCGCGAGCCGUGGACACGCCGAUCUUUAGCGACAAGGCACCUCCGGCUGCUGCUCCUUCAACGGCCCCGAUCACGACCAAGGGCGGAUUCGACUACGAGGCUUUUUACGAGGCCGAGCUGGACAAGAAGCACAAGGACAAGUCGUACCGCUACUUCAACAACAUCAACCGGUUGGCCAAGGAGUUUCCGCGGGCCCACAUGGCAGACACGGAGGAGCGGGUGACGGUGUGGUGUGCCAACGACUACCUGGGCAUGGGCCGCAACGCGGAGGUGUUGCGGACGAUGCACGAGACCCUGGACGAGUACGGAGCCGGGGCCGGAGGCACGCGCAACAUUUCGGGACACAACCAGCAGGCGGUGCUGCUGGAGGCGGCCGUGGCGCGGCUGCACGCCCAGGAGGCCGCGCUGGUCUUCAGCUCGUGCUACGUGGCCAAUGAUGCGACGCUGGCCACGCUGGGCGCGCGGCUGCCGGGCUGCGUCAUCCUGUCGGAUAGCCUGAACCACGCGUCGAUGAUCCAGGGGAUCCGGCACUCGGGCACGCGCAAGAUCGUCUUCCGGCACAACGACCUGGCCGACUUGGAAGCAAAGCUGGCCGCGCUGCCGUUGGCGACGCCCAAGAUCAUCGCGUUCGAGUCCGUCUACAGCAUGUGCGGUUCCAUUGGGCCGAUCGCAGCUAUCUGCGAUCUGGCCGAGCGCUAUGGCGCCCUGACCUUCUUGGAUGAGGUGCACGCUGUCGGCAUGUACGGGCCACACGGUGCCGGCGUGGCUGAGCACCUCGACUUUGAGGCCCAUCGUCAGGGCCGUCCGCGUGGCUCGCUGAUGGACCGCAUCGACAUCAUCACCGGCACGCUCGGCAAGGCCUACGGCUGUGUGGGUGGUUACAUUGCCGGCAGCGCGCGUCUCGUCGACACCAUCCGGUCUCUGGCCCCGGGUUUCAUCUUCACCACGUCGUUGCCGCCAGCUACCAUGGCCGGGGCCCGUGCUGCCAUCGAGUACCAGGCUGCGUAUGACGGCGACCGCCGGCUGCAGCAGCUGCACACGCGGGCUGUCAAGGAAAGUUUGGCGGCACGUGACAUUCCCGUGAUCCCGAACCCGUCGCACAUUGUGCCGAUUCUGGUCGGCGACGCCGAGCUGGCCAAGCAGGCCUCGGACCUGUUGCUGCACGAUCACGGCAUCUACGUCCAGUCGAUCAACUACCCGACCGUGCCGGUGGGCCAGGAGCGCCUCCGCAUCACCCCGACGCCCGGCCACGUCCGCCACUACCGCGACCGUCUCGUGCUCGCGCUCGACACGAUCUGGGACCAGCUCGGCAUUCGUCGCACUGCUGAUUGGGCCCGCGAGGUCCCCGGCGGCUUCCUCGGUGUCGGUGCCCCCCCUUCGGUCGAGAAUGCCCCCCUUUGGACCGACGACCAGCUCGGCAUCACCCAGGCCGUCCGCGAGCUUCAGCAACAGCAGCCUCAGCUGCCUGACGGCCUGACCAACGCCCUGCUCGAGCGCGAGGCUGCAGCUGUGUCGGCUCGCGCUUAG